AUGAACCAGCGUCCGAAAUCCAUCGCCUCCUCCGUCAACUAUCUCCCUUUUGAUUGUGUGCUUCACAAGUUGAACACUGAAGAACGGCAGAAACAGCUAAAGGAGUACUCCAUUCAGAACCCUAGUGCUUACAUAAUCGAUUCUCCUGAUGCAAUCCAGCGGUUACACAACCGGAUUUCGAUCCUCGAAGUGGUUUCAAAAAUUGAGACAGUUGAGGUGAAAGACGGUGAGUCAACUUCCUUUGGGACACCAAAGCAGACAGUGAUAUACGAUUCGGAGAAGCUGAAAGACAUGGCGUGUUGGGGCGACGGAUUGAAGUUUUCGGUGACUGCAAAACCCUUGGUUACCGGACAGAAGUAUGAAAUCGCAUAA